UAAUGGUGAUAUAAGUAGAAACCCUCCGAGCAAACAUGAGAAGAGAACUGCACCAUAACGUGAUGGAGAUCGAAGUGAUAUCCACAGAAUUCAUCAAGCCCUCUAACCCAACCCCAGACAACCUAAAGAUCCACAAGCUAUCACUCCUUGAUCAAUUGAUGCAUUCAAGGUACAGUGCCCUUGUUUUUUUCUAUCAAGAUCACGACACAACCCUCUCCACAUCCCAAAUCUCACGCACCCUAAAGAGCUCGCUCUCCCAAUCCCUCACCCGCUUCUACCCCUUCGCUGGGAAGAUCAAGGACCGCCUCUCCAUUGAGUGCGACGAUGGAGGUAUCCCCUUCUCGGUAGCUAGGGCUCAAUCGAGCCUCUCACGGUUCCUCGACCGGCCAGACCCCCGGGCUAUUCAAGACUUCCUUCCGGGGGCUACUUUCAAGCUAGUCGACACCGGAUCUCGAGUGGCGAUGGUCCAAAUGACCACCUUCGCUUGUGGUGGGAUUGCGGUUGGCAUGUUGGUUGCGCAUGUGGUCGCCGACGGGGUCGGCAUGAGCACUUUUCUCAAGGCUUGGGCUGCGAGGGCCCACGAGUCCAUGGACGAUGUAUGGCCGGAUUUCGACACGACGCUGUCGCUGUUUCCUCAAUAUGAAGCAUUCCCGGAAAAGCUGUCGUUCGCGAGCGUGUAUGCUCCCUGCUACCAAAGAGGCUGGUGUGGUGCAAGAAGAUUGGUGUUCGACGCGUCCGCCAUAGCCAGAAUGAAGGACAAAGCAACAAGCUCGCGUCUCCAGAAACCGAGCCGUGUGGAAGCCGUCUCCGCCUUAAUAUGCAAAUCCAUGAUGGCAGCGGUCAACCCCAAACCGAAGGCGAUGUUGAUGGCCCACUACGUGGACUUGCGCCGGCGAGCCACGCCGACCAUCCCCAACUAUGCCGUCGGGAACCACCUCUUCUUGGCUGUCGCACGGUUUUGUCCCACCGAGUCCAAUGACCUGGCCAUCAUCGCAGGCCGGCUCCGGGAAGCGACGGCCAGAGUCGACGGCGACUUGGUCAAAGGUCUGCAAGGCGAGGGCGGAUUCUUGAAGUUGCGCGAGGCCGUCGGAGAAAUUAAGGAGGUCAUCUCUGGUGGUAUGAAUGGCGGCGGUGGCGGCAACAUCAAUAAUAAUAAGCUGGACUAUCUAGGGUUUACUAGUAUGUGCAAUUUCGGGCUUUAUGAGAUUAAUUUUGGUUGGGGAAAUCCGGCUUGGGUGACCAGUAUUGGCUUACCAGGGAAAAAACCUAUAGAGAUCCCAAACAUUAAUUACGUGUUUUUGUCGGACACUAGAUGUGGAAAUGGGAUCGAGGCGUGGAUUCUUUCAGAUGAAAAUAGGCUUCUAGCCUUGGAGAAAGACCCAGAGAUUCUGGAAUUCGCUGUUGUUGAUCCGAGUCCCUUAAAGAUGCUGUUGAAAAGUAAUUUGUAAUUCGUCCUUUCUUAUUAGAAGUAA